AUGCGCGCCGAGGGUAAACUACAUGUUCUCUUUCUCCCAGCCUGCUCUAUCAACUGACUAUCACGCUCCUAGCCCCCCUCCCUCCUCCCAUCUUCCUAGUAGCUCUCUGAGCCAGCAGUUCUCCUAUUCAGUUGACAGAAUGAGAAUCAGCACCAAUCAGAGAGAUGAGGGAGAAGGGAGCUCCUACACUGGGGGUUCUAGACUGGUGGAUCAGAUCUAUGAAGGCAGAGAGGAGAGCGGGGGAGGGAGAGAGAGGCUGUUUCAAUCUGCAAGAAGAGCAGCUCAGCAGCAACGUGGCCACCCACUACCAAUUCAGCAGCAAGGCCGUUCGCUGCCCAGGGAACCUCAGCAAGGCCAAGAAAGCAGCUCCCUGCCAAGGAGGGAGGUCUGGCAGCGAGGGAACACUGACAGUGAGAUGGCUGAUUUUGAGGAAUACAUUUGGGAUGAAUGGGAGAAUGAGAUUGAGACUCAAUCUCACUCUAAUGACAGUGGAGCAGAUUUGAGAAACACCUCACAAUUCCCUGAGAGGAGCAUUAGAUCUUCAAACCCAAGCCAUCCUCCCUCUUCCUCCAUACCCCUGCCACUAGCUGGACCAUCUAGAUAUUCAACUAUUCCUUCUCAAACUGCUGUGAGGAGACCCACACUGAGAACAAGAACUGUUCCUGUGGUCUCUAGACCAGUCACCAGUGGUCAGGUGGUACAGACUGUUCCGGUCCAUCCACAGCCUCACUCACUACCACCACGGCACCAAACAGCCACCUCCUCUUUCUUCACUGCUGGACCAGUCGAUGCUCGUGAGGACGAUGGCAGUGAUCUGUUUGGCUCUGUGUUUGCAGGAAUAUUCUAGAACUAUAACCUCAUUGUAUAUACUGUGAAUCUAUCCCAUUGUGAUCAGAUUAUCGCUAACGUC